AUGUCACCGCCCUCUUCGCUCUGCUCCCUUGGCUCUUCCAUUUCUCCUCCUCUUCUUUCUCUCUCUCUACUGAUCCUUACGCUCUCCUUAUACCCCUCACAGUUUUUUCUUCCGUCGAUCGACGAAACUCCUUUCUAUCAUCCUCUCCUGGCGCUUCCUCGGUGCCAGUCCUACGUACAUCCCGAGUACCAUGGCCAGACAGACUUCGCUAGACUCCGAAAAGACCGAUCAUGGCUCCCCUCGGCCCGUACAUCGAAGCGAUUCUCUACCGUCAGCGGAAGCCCUUCGGUCGCAUCCUCUCUCGGCAACCUCCCCAGCGGCGAUCCCCGUAUCGCCGAGUUCCACAAUUUGCGCGACGGCCUGGAACGUCUCGAGAACAAACCCCUUCAGAAGCAGCGGUUCGUCCCGACCCCGGAGAAGAGUGACAACCUAAGCAAACUGGCCCUCGGCGCGAAAGUGGAACGGGCCCUCGGCCGCAGAAUGACGGGACAGGAUGCGGUCAUGCGCAAGCCUGUCCUCAAUGAGAAGACUGCCACGGAGUCGAGUCAGUAG